AUGACGACGUUCCGGGUCGCUGCCGACAACACCACGUCGGACGCGGCUGCGGGCACGCCAAAGUCGAGAAUGGGCGGCGGCGCGACACCUGCCGCCAACGGCGUGCAGCAGCCAAAUGGGGCAGGCUCGAUCCCUUUGAGCGCGCGCAAGGCCGCUCCCCUCGAUCUUGCCACGGUCGAGCGCAGGGGGCAUGGAGCGCCAAACAACCAGCCGCCCAAGCAGAAGCGCCUCUUUGGCCUGCGCGAGGCGCCCACCUAUCGCCCCACGCCCGACCAGUUCAAGGACCCCGUCAAGUACAUCCAGAGCAUCAGGGACGAGGCGCAAAAGUACGGCAUUGUCAAGAUUGUGCCCCCCGACUCGUGGAACCCGCCCUUUGCCAUUGACACCGAGCGCUUCCAUUUCCGUACUCGACGCCAGGAACUCAACUCGGUCGAGGGUGGUACACGUGCCAACUUGAAUUAUCUGGACCAGCUCGCCAAGUUUCACAAGCAGCAUGGCCACAGUCUUACUCGUUUUCCAAGCGUGGAUAAGCGCCCGCUGGACCUCUACAAGCUCAAAAAGGCCGUCGAAAAGAGGGGCGGCUUCGAGCGUGUCUGCAAGCAGAAGAAGUGGGCCGAGAUUGGACGCGACCUCGGCUACAGCGGCAAGAUCAUGUCGUCGCUGUCGACAUCGCUCAAGAACUCGUACCAAAAGUGGCUGCACCCGUACGAGGAAUAUCUGCGCCUCGUCAAGCCCGGCGUCCAGCAGAUGCUCGAGUAUGAGCACGGCGGCCCGUUUACGCCCUCGCCAGCGCAUUCGCCCGUGAAAAAAUCGCUCCAGGGCACCCCCAUUGCCAAUGCCACCAAGUCACCUGCUAUCAAGGCCUCGGCGGCCCUGAACGCGACACUACACCCCGAAGCAGCUGCCCCAACCCCGCCGCCUGAGCUGCCCAAGCCAGUCGUACAUUCGGGCUUCACGCCAGUCAAUGCCGGCGGCUUUACGCCAGUCAAUGCGCAUCCCUCGUCGAAGCCGCCUACCCAGCCGUCCACUCCCAGCUCUUUUGCUGCAGUCAACCUGCCAAGCAGUAUGCACCGGGAUGUGCUCGAGUCUCGCACCUGUACGCCCCUGCGCAACGGCGGAAGCCCAAUGCUUUCGGCUGACAACACUCCUGACUUGCGACCAUCUGGCAUUGGCUCGACUCCCUUGUCCAACGGCCACCCAAUAAACCAGCUAAAGCGCACCCUGUCCCAGGACCCAGACAGCAGUGCCAACGACGAUGGCGACGAGGCCAAUGGUCGGCGCAGUAAGCGCCUGAAAAAAGAGUCUGCCCCCACGGUUGCCGGUUCACACAUGACUCAGCCCCGCCAAUCGACGCCAGGCCGAUCAUUUCCUCGUGUACGUGCAGCUGACGAGCGCCCCGGUGAUCGCUGCGAAAACUGCGGCACCGACAAUGACCCUUCCAACAUUCUGCUGUGCGACAGCUGCGACUCUGGUUAUCAUGGCUACUGCUUGGAUCCGCCGCUCAAAGGCAUCCCUGCAUACGAUUGGCAUUGCCCGCGGUGUCUUGUGGGUACAGGCGAAUUUGGGUUUGAGGAAGGCGGCAUAUACUCGCUCAAGCAGUUCCAGGAGAAAGCGCAUCAGUUCAAGCAGAGCCAUUUCGCCAACAAGAUGCCUUUUGACCCCAUCACUAAUGCGCCCAAGCCGGUUACAGAAGACGACGUUGAACGCGAGUUCUGGCAUUCAGUUGCAAACGUGACAGAGACUGUUGAAGUAGAAUACGGAGCAGACAUCCACUCGACGACACAUGGCAGUGGCUUUCCGACGAUUGAAAAGCACCCGCGAGACCCGUACUCGACAGAUCCAUGGAACUUGACCGUCCUGCCAUACGCGCCAGAUUCGCUGUUCCGCCACAUCAAGUCCGAUAUCUCGGGCAUGACGGUCCCUUGGCUGUAUGUCGGCAUGGUCUUUUCCACAUUUUGCUGGCAUGCCGAGGACCACUACACAUACUCUGCAAACUAUCAACACUUUGGUGCGACCAAGACUUGGUAUGGCGUGCCAGCCGAGGACACGGACAAGUUUGAGCAAGCCAUGCGCGAAGCAGUGCCAGAGCUAUUUGAAAGCCAGCCAGACCUCUUGUUUCAACUUGUGACGCUUCUCACUCCCGAGCAACUGCUGAAAGCUGGAGUCAGGGUUUAUGCAAUUGAUCAACGUGCGGGCGAGUUUGUGAUAACAUUCCCAGAGGCCUACCAUGCCGGUUUCAACCAUGGCUUCAACCUGAACGAGGCAGUGAAUUUUGCGCCAAGCGACUGGGAGCCCUUUGGAGAGCAUGGCGUGCAGCGUCUCCAGGACUACCGACGCCAGCCAUGCUUCUCUCACGACGAGUUGUUGUUAGCCGCAGCCUCGCGCAAGGACACAACCAUCAAGACUGCCAAGUGGCUGGGUCCUGCCAUGGAGCGAAUGCGUGACCGGGAAUUGCGCUUACGAGCAGACUUUCUUGAAAAACACAAAGCCACCAAAAAACACAGCUGUAAAGUCGACGGCAGCAGUGGCGCGGACGCACCCUGUGAACUUGACUUUGUCAUUGAUGAUGCUGACGUGCACGAAGAUGAGCUAAUAUGUGCGUUUUGCAAGUGCUACGGCUAUCUGUCUCGUUUCUACUGCCGCAACACGAAGAAAGUCUUGUGCCUGCAGCAUGCCGGAUGGUUCGAGUGCUGUUCAGAUGUUCCCGAAGCCGAGCGUUACUCUGGUGCCAAAGGUCAACACCUGCUCAUAUAUCGCAUGCAAAAGGAUGCUCUUAUUACGCUGGUCGACAAGAUCGUUGACAAAGCAAGCACGCCGGAAGUCUGGGAGUCCAAGAUGGAAAGCCUGCUUGCCGAGGGUCCACGCCCCCAGCUCAAGUCUCUGCGUGCGCUCCUGAACGAAGGCGAGAAGAUUGAUUGGGACUUGAACGGCCUGCAGGACCUCCGAGAUUUUGUCGAAAAAUGUCAAGAAGUAGCCGAUGAAGCGGUCCUCUACACGACCAGGAAGCUGCAGGCUCGCCGUAAGGCCGAGCGCCCAGGAAGAGGAAGGCCAAGCAAGUCGGCUAUGGCAGAGGCAGAUGAGAGGGAGCGUGAAUACCGCAACGUCGAAAACAUCCAGAAACUUUUGAACCAGGCAAAAGACUUGGGAUUCGACAGCCCAGAGAUCAGUACGCUUCGAGAACGCGCCGAAAGCAUUGUCGAAUUCCAGACCAGAGCGCGAACUGCCUUGCGUGACCGGCCGGUGGAGCAGAGCAUCACGCGACUCGAUGAGCUUCUCGAAGAAGGCAAAGGCUUCAGUGUCGAUCUACCCGAGCUCGAGUCGCUUGAAAAGGUUGUGCAGCAGCUCAGAUGGCUCCAAGAGGCGCAAGAGUUCAAAACCAAGCCCGCGCCCACUCUGCAGGAAGUCGGCGAUCUUAUCAAAAGCGGUAUCGAAGUUGGCAUGCCGGAGCACCAUCCUGACCUUCAGUUCUUGCAAGACAAACGGACCCAAGGAGAGUUCUGGGAGAAGAAGGCCAAGGAGCUCAUGGAGGUGGAACACGUGCACUACCAGCAGCUCGAUGCUUUCUCCAAGCAAGCCACCAACCUACCCGUAACGCCAGAAACGCGAGCUGCCAUGGAUGCCAUUCUCAAAAAGCAGCGUGACGCGCAGGAGCUCAUCAUGUCUCUGUACGAGCGAAGCAAGAACCCCGACUUUAGCCAACGACCAAAGUACAUGGAAGUACGCAAUGCCAUGGAAGGACUCAACGCCCUCAACUGCAAGCCAGCCGGUACCAGCGACCUCGAGAAAGAGCAGAAGCGUCACGAAGACUGGAUGCGAAAGGGAAAGAAGCUCUUUGGCAAAGCCAAUGCACCACUCCACAUUCUACACGCGCACAUGAAGCAGGUAGAUGAGCGUAACCGGGCUUGUUUCGACCUGUCGGACCAGCCCCGUAUGCCCGUGGAGCCUGCCUCGCGCGAGCAGAGUCCAGCAGACGGAGAAGAGGUUGAUGGCUCCGGGUCGAGUCGCGAUGUGUUUUGCAUAUGCCGCAAGCCUGAAGCUGGCAUGAUGAUUGAAUGUGAACUGUGCCACGAAUGGUACCAUGGCAAGUGCCUGAAGAUUGCACGUGGAAAGGUCAAGGAGGACGACAAGUACACGUGCCCGAUUUGCGACUACCGCGUCAAGAUUCCGCGCGACGCGACUCGUCCGAAGCUCGAGGACUUGCAGCUAUGGCAGGACGAGCUUCCGACCUUGCCGUUCCAGCCUGAAGAAGAAGAGACGCUGGAGUCGCUGAUUGAGCAUGGUACCAAGUUCCGUGACUAUGUGGCGCAGUAUAUCAAUCCACUCAUGUCCAGCCCCGACGAGCUCACUACACAGCGAUUCUAUCUGCGGAAGCUCGAGGGCGCCGAGAUCCUCCUUUCGAAUGAGAUCAACUUCUUCCGCCAAGAACUGCACAAAUGGGCGCCCGUUGCACCCACGCCGCCGCCGAUCCUCCAAGUAUCGCUCUCGACACGAAAGCCUCGGCCGACGAAGCAGCAAAAGCUCAUGAACCAGCUGGGCAUCACCAACCCAGACGAUCUCCCACAGCACCUAAGGCCCAAGACGCAGCAACCCAAACGCAAGGAAGAUCUCAAGCCAUCCAACAUACAACAGGGACCGGCUGAGCAGUCGCACACGCCGCCCGGCGAGCCUCGCCCCAGCCAGGGUGACAACGAGUACUUCAACCCACCUACGACGUCGGCAUACACCAACUCGCCGACAUUUGCUACCACGGCCCCCCUCAGCUUUGGUGCUGCGGCGUCGAUUGCGCCCAUUGACCCAGGCCUCUUUGAAAGCUCUGGGCCUGCUGGUGCGACUAGUCCUAUGCAAGACCCGUUUAAAAGCUCCGUCAGUGGUAACGAGAUGUUUGGCGAAGCAAUGGAAAUGGGCGGUGGCCAGGCCGAAGAGGCCUUGGCUGUUACUGAAGGCAACAACUUUGAGGAGUAG